UCCAAGUGGUCAUCAUUCCCACAUUUUCAAUGGCUUCUUCUCCUUCAUCUUCUCCAUUUUGGACUCUGCAACAACAAUGUACUCUAGCAUCAAUAGUUUUACAUAUAGGGACAGUAUUAUUAUUGAUUCCGAGUUCCAGAGGAAGCCCCUACACAUCCAUCUUCAGCUUCGGCGACUCAGUUACUGAUACCGGAAACUUGUAUUUCAGCUCCCCACCACCACCACCACCGAACCGGCGCUCUUUCUUUCCACCCUACGGUGAAACCUACUUCGGUUGCCCCACCGGAAGAUGCUCCGAUGGCCGCCUUAUUAUUGAUUUCAUCGCUGAGUCGUUGAGCAUUCCAUUAGUCAAACCAUAUCAGGGAAUUAAGAAUGGUCAAAUAAGAGAUUGGAAGAAAGAGGAGGGAGUGAAUUUUGCAGUUGCUGGAGCAACUUCGUCGAAUACAAGUUUCUUUGAAGAGAGAGGCAUUCAUACUGGUUAUAACAAUGAUUCUCUCAGAGUUCAAUUGGGUUGGUUCAAGGACUUUUUGCCUUCUAUUUGCAAUUCUUCCUCAAGCUGCAAGAAAAUGUUUCAGAAGUCACUAUUUCUGGUGGGAGAAAUUGGAGUCAAUGACUUUAAUGGACCGUUUUCUUUUCGAAGGAGCGUAGCAGAGAUCAAAAGUUACGUGCCUCAUGUGAUUAAUGAAAUCUCCUUAACAAUAAGUGAAUUGAUAGAUGUAGGGGCUCAAACGCUCAUCGUUCCUGGAAUUUUACCAAUAGGAUGCAGUCCGGUCUAUUUAACAUUUUAUGAGAGCAACAAUAAGAAGGACUAUGAUGAAGCUGGUUGCUUGAAAUGGUUAAACGAGUUUGUUGAAUACUACAAUAAGAGGCUUCAGGCUGAAUUAAAUCAGCUUCAAGAGCUUCAUCCUCAUGCCAAUAUCAUAUAUGCUGAUUAUUAUAAUGCUGCUUUGCCACUGUUUCAUUCUCCCCCAAAAUUUGGCUUCACGGGUCUCAAAGCUUGUUGCGGAGCUGGAGGCGCCUACAAUUACAAUUUUUUAAAAAGAUGUGGAGAUGAAGGAGUAAAUGCUUGUGAUGAUCCUUCAAAGCACAUAACCUGGGAUGGUAUUCAUUUGACAGAAGCUGCGUAUAAAUUGAUUACAAGAUUUUUAUUAAAAGGGUCCUACUCUGCUCUUAAAUUUGAUGACCUGUUCAUGAAGAGUAAGGCCUUUGAAAGUCAUCUUAACAGCGCUUGAGGUUAGGGAUCAGCUGUGUUCAUGUUUUAAUGAGAUUAAUUUAUUUCGAAGGUAAA